AUGCAACUCAAAAAGGGAUCUACACUGUCCUCUACAUCCCACUAUCAGACACAUAUGAAUCAGGAUAACACUGAAAUAGCCCUGAAGAAACACACACUAGAGACUGGAGACCUGCAGAGAGUCAAAGACCAGCAAAAAAUUAGCAUGAAAAACAAUUUAAAACAUGGAGGGCAUUUCAGGAUCACACCAACACUACGAAAAUACGCCUGUGAUCUCACACUGGAUCCAAACACAGCACACACUAAACUCAUCCUGUCUGAGGAGAACAGAAAAACAACAUGUGUGAAAGAUUACCAGCCGUAUCCUGAUCAUCCAGAGAGAUUUGAGAACUAUGAGCAGGUUCUGUGUGGAGAGAGUCUGACUGGACGCUGUUACUGGGAGGUUGAAUGGAGCGGCUGGGCUCACAUUGCAGUGGCAUAUAAAGGAAUCAGCAGGAAAGGUGGGAGCGACUGUCGGUUUGGACUCAAUGACAAGUCCUGGAAUCUUUACUGUUGUGAUACAAUUUACUCUGUUUGGCACAAUAAUAAGAGGACAAACAUUCCUCUCCAUUCAUCAUCUAAUAGAGUAGGAGUGUAUGUGGACUGGUCUGCCGGCACUCUGUCCUUCUACAGCGUCUCUGACACACACACACUCACACACUUACACACAUUCAACACCACAUUCACUGAACACCUCUAUGCUGGAUUUAGACUUUAUCCUGAUUCUUCUGUGUUUCUGUCAAAUUUAACAACCUCCUGUGAGGAAAUGCAACGAUAUGUGCAGAGUAGACAUACAUGGAAUUACUCAGUAAAGAUGAAAUAA